UCUCCUCGGGCUAAAUCUGUUCGGCCAGCCAAUGCAGCUAUACUAGAGGCCUCUCCCUGUACUUCCUGCGUAUGCUAUAAAUUUACAGUACAUAUCAGCUCAUUUGUGUUCAGGCACGCGAGUUCCUACUUUCACCAGAUGCACAGGUAUCGGCUGGUGUGUCCAGAUGACUCAUCAGGAGCAGCAGGAGAUCCUGUUUAGGGAGAGCCUGGAGGCAGCUAUGUCCUGGAUGAAGGCCGUCCAGGAGCGGCUCCAGCUCAACGACAACACCCAGGGCCCCCGGGCCGCCCUGGAGGCCAGACUCAGAGAGACAGAGAAAAUCCACCAGUCGGAGCACGAGGGUCAUUUGAAGUUUGACAAGGUGCUUGUGGCUGCAGAGGUCUUACUCCAGAACGGUAACCAGGAGACGAGGAACAUCACCCAUGCCAGACUCAAAGAACUCAAAGCAUUAUGGGAGGAGACCUGCACCUACAUCAUCCACUGUCACAGCCGUAUAGAGUGGGUUUGGCUGCACUGGAGUGAGUACCUGAAGGCCUAUGAGGAGUUUGAGAUGUGGCUGGUCAGCGUUUGUCGCAGUCUGGAGCCGGAGGUGGAGCUGCAGCUGGGGGUGAAGGAGAAAUUGUGGCAGGUAGACAACCAGCGCGUCCUGCUGAGUGACGUCCAGAACCAGGCACUGUUGCUGGAGAGGCUGGUGGACGAGGCUGCAGCGCUGAACAACCGCAUCCAGGAUCCCAGUGUGGACCAGGAAGCACAGGAGAGACUCCAGCUGGUCUAUAACAGCAUACGGGACAAGGCUGAUGAGAGGCUGUCGGUGCUGCAGAAGAUGGCUGAAGAGCACCAGAUGUACCAGAGAGACGUCCUGAAGUUCCAGGCCUGGCUGGUGUCCAAGACUAAGGAGCUCAACACCCUCACUGAGACAGAGGACACAGCCGAGAACAAACUCCGAGCCCUGCAGACCCUGGAUGACAACGUGGCCAGUGAGGAGAGGACGCUGCAGCAAAUUGAGGUCAUGGCGGAGGCAGUGCGGGCCAACACGUCCCCCGGGGGGGCAGAUGUGGUGGUGGAGGAAGCAGAGGCGCUGCGUCUGGACUGGCAGAGGCUGAGACAGAGCCUGUGUGAGGCCGGAGAGAGCCUGAAGAGCAGCCUGGAGUCUCAGAGCCAGUACCAGAGCCGCUGCCAGCGUCUAGGGGAGGACAUCGGGCAUCUCCGGGGCCUGCUCCACAGACUGACCAGAGACCUGGAGACAACCAGGGAGGGAGACAGGACCAGAGACCUGGAGACAGCCAGGGAGGGAGACAGGACCAGAGAUCUGGACACAGCCAGGGAGGGAGACCGGACCGGAGAUCUGGAAACAGCCAGGGAGGGAGACAGGAUUGUGGAACAGAUGGUUGGGCAGUGGAGGAAAUACAUGAACAUCCGGAAUACUUUAUUGGCAGAGGAAUCCCAGGUGGAGCGCCUCAAGGCCCAGCUUAAAGAACUCUUCCGCUUUUCCCAAGACUCCCAGCAUCUCUCUGACGACGUCCUGGCUGUGGUGAAGGAACAGCAGAGUGUGAAGUGUCGUGCUAUGAAGCUAUGUGUGGAGUCAGAGUUGGGGCUGAGACAAGUGCUGCAGGACCCUCUGCAUGGAUUCUCUCAGUGGAGUCAGGUUGUCUCUCAAGUGCUGGAGUCUUCUGCUGAAGUGUCUGAGUUCUCACACGUCGCCAUGCUGGUGCAGAACAUCCAGGGGUUGCUGAAGCACAGUCUGCAGCUGCAGGAGCAGUUGCGUUUGAUGCUGUUGAAGAGAGAUCUGCUGUGUUCAGUGUUCGGCUCAGACAGUGCAGAGAGUCUAAUGACAGCGCUCAAUGACACCGUGAGGAAAAGGGAGUUACUGCACAACCAGCUGCUGCAGAGGAAAGCAAGACUGCAGGGUUUUAUCUCAAGGACAAAGGACUUUGGGGACGCCUGCAAGUCAAUCAGGAACAAGCUGACCCUGCUGAGAGAGAGACUGAUCUCAGCAGACAGCCUCCAGCCAGACAUACUGGCCAAGAAGAGCCAGUCAGACCAGCAACGGGUGAUCAAGAAGGACUUGGAGGACUGUGAGGCCCACAUCACAGCUCUGGAGACUCUGGUGUCGUCUAGCUCUGCUAACAGGACACAGUUUGAGAGGCUUUACGGGGACUGGAGGAUCCUUUACAAGUCCGUCAGGGUAAAGGUGAAGGAGAGUGAGGAGAGCAUCGGGGGGCACGAGAGUUUCCACGUGAGCCUGCUAAACGUGGAGAAGUGGUUGAUGAUUAUGAGGCAGAAGCUGGAGUCCUACCGCAGUUCUACUGGGGAGUGGAGCCUGGACAACAGACAGCAAGAGGCUGAAAGGGCACUAGGUGAGUUCCCAGAGAAGGAACUGCAGCUGCACCAGACAGAGGUUCAGGGCCAUGGGGUGCUGGAGAGGACCUCUGAGGAGGGCCGGGUGCACAUCCUCAGGGAUAUGAAGCACCUAAGGGAGUCCUGGAUGGCCCUCCAUGACCUCAGCCUCAACCUCUUCAGGCUGCUGAAUGGGCACAGCUCUGAGGACCCUGACUUAGACACCCAGAGGGAGAGAGGCCAGGCUGGGGAGAGGCCAGGCCCAGGCAGGGAGCUCUUUCCUGGGGAGGGAGGAGACAUGAUCAAAGAUAGUGGCUCCAGCAGCAGUAGGGAGGGUGCUCCAGAGAGAUCCCCAGGAGAGGGCCAUGGGGUCUGGCUCUCUCAGAGCUCUGGGGUAGGGGCUGGGAGAGGGGGAAGAACAGGGUUAGGAGGAAGGUUAGAGCGAGGGGAAGGAGGGGAGAGUUUUGGAGCAGAAGAGGGUAUUUGGGUCGAGGGAGCGUUUGAGGUUAUGGAUCUCUCUGAACAUAGGGAGAGACAGGGCAGGGAUCGACAGACUCUUGGUCAACAACUGAGUCCUAUGACGUUAACCUUGGCGGGCAGUCAGAGACUGGGACAGGGCGGUGGGAGUGGUGACAGGGAGACGGAAAGGGAGAAGGAGAGGGGUGGCGGUGAGCACAGCCUGGGUGUAGAGGAGGUGGACUCCUCCAUCGUUUGGAGAGGGGGGUACGGUCAGAGGGGAGAGGAGGGAACCACAGGGAUGACAUCAGGCCACACAAGGGGCAGAAGCACCCAUGGUGGAGGACGAUUGGUGGUGGUGGACUCUGGCUCCAGAGUUAGUGGGGAAGUGAUGGACUCUGGCUCCAGGGUUAGCGGGGUGGUGGGGGACUCUGGCUCCAGGGUUAGUGGGGUAGUGGGGGACUCUGGCUCCAGGGUUAGCGGGGUGGUGGGAGAGUCUGGCUCCAGGGUUAGUGGGGUAGUGAUGGACUCUGGCUCCAGGGUUAGCAGGGUGGUGGGGGACUCUGGCUCCAGGGUUAGUGGGGUAGUGGGGGACUCUGGCUCCAGGGUUAGUGGGGUAGUGGGGGACUCUGGCUCCAGGGUUAGCGGGGUAAUGGGGGACUCUGGCUCCAGGGUUAGCGGGGUAGUGGGGGACUCUGGCCUCAGGGUUAGCGGGGUAGUGGGGGACUCUGGCUCCAGGGUUAGCGGGGUGGUGUGGGACUCUGGCUCCAGGGUUAGCGGGGUAGUGGGGGACUCUGGCUCCAGGGUUAGCGGGGUGGUGAGGGAGUCUGGCUCCAGGGUUAGCGGGGUAGUGAUGGACUCUGGCUCCAGGGUUAGCGGGGUGGUGGGGGACUCUGGCUCCAGGGUUAGCGGGGUAGUGGGGGACUCUGGCCUCAGGGUUAGCGGGGUAGUGGGGGACUCUGGCUCCAGGGUUAGUGGGGUGGUGUGGGACUCUGGCUCCAGGGUUAGCGGGGUGGUGAGGGACUCUGGCUCCAGGGUUAGCGGGGUAGUGGGGGACUCUGGCUCCAGGGUUAGCGGGGUGGUGGGGGACUCUGGCUCCAGGGUUAGCGGGGUGGUGGGGGACUCGGGCUCCAGGGUUAGCGAGGUGGUGGGUGACUCUGGCUCCAGGGUUAGCGGAGUAGUGGGGGACUCUGGCUCCAGGGUUAGCGAGGUGGUGGGGGACUCUGGCUCCAGGGUUAGCGAAGUAGUGCGGGACUCUGGCUCCAGGGUUAGCGGGGUGGUGGGGGACUCUGGCUCCAGGGUUAGCGGAGUAGUGCGGGACUCUGGCUCCAGGGUUAGCGAGGUGGUGGGGGACUCUAGCUCCAGGGUUAGCGGGGUAGUGGGGGACUCUGGCUCCAGGGUUAGCGGAGUAGUGCGGGACUCUGGCUCCAGGGUUAGCGAGGUGGUGGGGGACUCUAGCUCCAGGGUUAGCGAGGUGGUGGGGGACUCUGGCUCCAGGGUUAGCGGGGUAGUGGGGGACUCUGGCUCCAGGGUUAGCGGGGUGGUGGUAGUAGAUGUGUCUGAGUCCAGCAGUAGUGGGCAGACAGAGGAGUGUGUGGAUGGGCAGAGGUCCAGAGGAAUGGCUGAAUCCCUGGCCAUGGAGGUAGAUGUGGGGUUAGGGUCAGGCUCUGGGUUAGAGCACGGCAGCAGAGGCAACUACGACAAGGGAACAGGUGGAAUGAGAGACCACAGUGAAGGGGGACAUCUGCGACACAGAGGCUUUUUCCCGCCUAUCAAGACCAGGAUGGAGGAUUCAGUCAUGGAUGGUCUCACUGCUAGAAAACCCUCUGGAAGCCUACAGGGCUCAAGUCACCACACCACGGCAGAUGUUGGGGCAACCCUGAGUGCAGGGGACUAUGAGGACAGGAGGAGGGAGUUUGAGGCCUGGCUACAGAAGGAGAACGGUACACUCUCAGGGAUUCUGAGCACAGAGGGACUGCUGAGCACCAAAGAACUCAAGAUCAGGCAGAACACACUCAUGACCUUGCGGUCCAGUGUAGACUGGGGUCAGGAGCAGUUCCAGCUACUACUGAUGACUUGGGCUGUAGCCGGGGCCAGGGCUGACCGUGGGGCUGAGGAUGUGGGCAUGGAGGAGAUACGUUAUCGCUGGAUGCUCUACAAGUCCAAACUGAAGGAUGUAGGAGACCUCAAGGCCCUGUUGAAUGUCAAGCAGGGUGCCGGUGCUGCUGGCCGAGAGGAACACACCAGGACAGCGAAGGAGAAGACUCCAGGCCUGCUGUACCGUGUGUGUCGGGUGGCCCUGCCCCUCUGGCUCCUGCUGUUGGCUCUGCUCCUCUUUGCCUUCUUCCUGCCCUGGAUGGACGAAGCCUCCAGCUGCUCUCUGUCCAACAACUUCGCCCGCUCCUUCAACAUCAUGCUCCGUUACCACGGACCUCCACCCACAUAGGAAAGGAGAUAUAGGAUUAUGAAGACCAUUGCUCUUCACCCUCAAUCCAUUCUGUGCGUGUGUGUCAGUUUGGGUCAGUGAGUGUGUGUCAGUGUGUGAAUGCGUUUCUGCUGUGUGUCAGUGUGUGGGUGGGUGACCUCAGCUGUUCUCACACAGUCAGGCCAAUUCAGCUCCUCUAUCACACAGGCUGGCAGCACUUCACAGAGAACAGCGCUCCACACUCCUAUUCACACUACUACAGUAGCUAAUGGCCACCAAACACCAAACACAUAAUUUUGGAGUAGGGAGCGGAGGUGAUGUGGGAUAAGGAGGUGGAUUUGUAUUGCCUUUAUUUAAGGGGUGAAAUGAUGCUUACAUGGUCUUAGAUAACUUAGAUAACUAACUGCGUGUGAUCUGUCAUAUACCAAAAAUACCUAUCAUGGUUUGCUGCCAUUUUAAAGACUUGUGUGGAUAACACUUUUUUAAACUGCCUUUAACCCUGAUAAAUAACAUUAUGCUUUUUCUUCUUGGAUGAGUGUCAGAUGUUUUUAAAGCUUUAUUUUUAACCUGUACAUGAUGCCUGUUGCACAGAUUACCCUUAUCAAUUGUAUCACUGUGUUAAUGACAGCCACGCGCUUCAAAGAUCAGGAAUAGUUGACAUUCUAGAUGCAGGAUGUUCUCAUGUCCACCGAAACACAAUAUCUGUUCUAUCAUGAGUCAACUCAAAUCUAACACAUACCGAUGAUGAUUAAGCAAGUCAGUUAGUAAUGGUAUACAGGAUGUCCCACUUCUGACUGUCCAAAUAUACAUCCUACUUGUACUGUACUGUACUGUAGGCAUGUUUCAACAAUAUGCUUCCCUUUCUCAAGGUUCUAUGCUAUAUUUGAACACUUUCGUAAUGAUCCCUUGGCACAGUUAAACCGUUUGAUGAAUAUAGCAAUUAUAAAGCCUUGUACUAUGGCCCCUGACUUUUUCUUGGACCACAGAGUGUUCUAGAUGCCAAAUUUACUUUGGUUUUUAUACGUAAUGUUCAGCAGGGCCCAGAUUAUAAAAUGGAAAUAGCCGCUGUUAUGGGAGAGGGGCCUUUUUUGAGCAGAUUCUUAAAAUGACGCAAUGAACCUCUCAACCUCGACUUUUCCCCCUCUCGUUCUCUGUUGCUCGCUCGCGCUCUCUUUUUAUCUCCCCUCUCUCUCCCCCUCUGUGUCUAUCUCCCCUCUCUCCUCCUCCCCCCUCCCUCGCUCUCCUCCCUCUCCUCACUCCCACUGAUCUUGCGGUCCAGUGUGGACCUCUGUCAUUCAUUCACUUUUCUAUUUGUCCCUGUACGUGUGUUUUACUGACCUAAGGUUUGCUAGGGAAAUGGAGACCAAAUCCAGUUAUUCUAUUAGACACGUCUAUCACACACGUCUUUAUGAGGUUAUAACCCACAAAUAGCUUGCCAAUGUUUUAAAUUUGAUUACGUUUGAACAGUUAGCUUUUGUUGGGAGUUGGGGACAGUGUGUGUUAGUUCGACUGAAGCCUGUCUCGUCUCAGAAUGUUGAAGUAUAAUCUGUGUCUGUUCUCUGUCUGGGAAGGCCUGUCUUCGUCUGUCAUCGUGAACGUUAAAUGACUGAACAAGUUUAAUAGAAGGAAAAAGUGCAUGCCGGCCCUACUUGUACAAAACUGUAUUGAAGGCAUACAUAAUAUUACAGUUGAGUGUAUGCUGGAUUUGAACUGAAUAUUUAUACCACUCUACUGUUAUCUAUAAACAACUUAUGCAAUGCACUUCUUCAAUAUAUUUAUCCAACAUAUCUCUUAGGAGGCUUUUAAAUGAAUGUUAAACUUAAAUACAAUAUAUAGCACAAAAUAUCACCAUACUUAUACCACAGGGUAAUAUGCUGCAUUCUUUUGAGUAGCAAUGGCUACAGUGGGCCUACCUGCCAACUCUGCUUCUUGCACUGCUAUAUUGAGUAAGACACAUAUACAGCCUUUUACAAUGGACACAGGUUCAAAUGCCUAACCAGCCAUGAACUGUAUGUCUGUAGUCAUACAUGUGGACUUUCACUUGAACCUAAAGCAGUGCUCCUCUUGAAAGGAUCUGGGAAUCAAGGAUAGGAGAAGGAUAGUGGUGGGGGAAGAAGGUCACAGUUAGCCGGUUGCCAGUCUUUAUAGCUACACUCCUUGACACGGAGUAGCCUUCAAGGAGUGGAAUGUUAGCUAAACAGACACUGGUAACAGGCUAGGUCGGAAUAUUAUAAUGUACCGUAGCAGAUUUAAGGUUACGGUAACUUUCAAAAUUCCCAGGUUCUCUAAAAAUCCUUGGAGGAUUCUGGAUUUCUUGCUUAUUCCUUACGGAUUCCGGCAAUCUACCAACUGGGAUUUCUGGAAAAUCUGGGAAUAUUUGGAAAGUUACUAGAAUUUUGCAACCCUAAUUAGAUUCCUCUGCAGUGUGUUAUGGGCAGGAAUAGCUUUACUCUGCUCUGCUAAAUGUAUUCAAAAUGGUUUUAGCUUAGAUUGGGAAAGUGUGUUAUGCAAAUUAGUAUCUGCUUUACAAAAAUCAAAGGCUUUUAAACACACAUGUCGGCAGGAAUGAAGAUUCAAAACUUUUGUAAAACAUUAAAAUAUUAUACUCUAUUUUGUUACUAUAUUUUGAAAUGAACAAAAUGCUUAAUGUUUCAACACAGAGCUUUUAUUUAACCAAUAUUUUUGUAUUGUACUCAAACUGGAAAUAAAUAUGCAAUGUGUAUA